CUUCCAUAACACAGGGAAGCCAAUUGCUCUUAUUUCUGUUGGGGUCCUUUAAUUUCCUCAGGGUACCACACAUGAGUCUGCUAACACAGGUGUGGCCUACUUGCUGCUAGGUGACUUCACCCAUUCCCCAGCCUAGGAAGAUGAUAUGGAAACACGAAUAAUCACCAGGACUUUAUCACAUACAAGCCUACCAGAGAACAGCAAGACAUCACACCUCGCUACAACUCCAACAGUCAUGGAAAGAAACCUUUGAUUAUUUUACAUAUGAUAGAGAUAAACAAAAGGGUGGGACAAGAGGAACAUAACUUGCCAUGUCAUUAUUAAGGAAUGCAACUAGUAGUUAUGAUUCUGCAUUUGAAGAAGAUGUCAAGCUACGCAAAAAGCAGCAAGAACGUCAUGCUCUUUUCCAAAGAGAGAGACCAUCUAGACAAGGACUACCAAGCAAGUCCUUUCUGGCAGAUGUAGCAAGUAAAGAUGAAGGGAAGAGACUACGAUAUCAGAUGUCCAAUUUGACAGCUUACGAACGUCACAAGCUUCUAAUUAAUCAUUAUAUUCUCUAUCAUCCUGGUAGCACUGCAGCUUUGCAACGAGAUACGUCCAGAGACAAAAGAGAUAUUGACAUCAUUCGAGAAAACCAUCAGUUUUUGUGGGAUAUUAAUGACACUCCUGAUACAUGGGAAAGGCAGCUUGCCAAAAAAUAUUUUGAUAAACUCUUCAAGGAAUAUUGCAUUUGUGACCUCUCACAUUUUAAGGAGAACAAGAUUGGAAUGCGAUGGAGGAUAGAACGAGAGGUUCUAGAUGGCAAGGGUCAAUUUACCUGUGGGGAGAAGAGAUGCAAGGAGAGUGAAGGACUACGCACAUGGGAGAUGAACUUCGCUUAUGUAGAGCAAGGCACAAAGAAAAAUGCACUUGUGAAACUGAGACUGUGCCGUGAUUGUUCGUACAAAAUCAAUUAUUAUCGAAAGAGAAAAGAAGUAACAAGAAAAUCAAUCAAGCAUAAACACAGAGAAUCGAGCAAGAAAAAGAAAUCGAGAAGAGAUGAAAGUGAAUCAGCUGAAAAUGCUCAAGAAACAAAUGAAGGCAACUCUCUCAGUAAUGCAAAGCAAGUAGAUGAGACUGAAUCUGAGAACAGUAUUUGGAAGGGACCUGCUAAAUUACCUGAUGAAAAGAGUCGAGAAGAAGAGUUUGAAGAAUAUUUACAGGAUUUAUUCUUAUGAUUGUAUGGUCUUUUGAAACAGUUGUUUCGUAAAGGUUUCAGAGCUUUAACCUUAUUAAUAUUAACAUUCUUAAGAAAGUAUAGAUUUGGAUCCAGUGGGCACAUUUUUGAACAAAAUUUUGUGAUUGGUUUUCAAUUUAGAGGCUGUGCACAAGGCUAAGACAAAAUUGGCAUUGUGAAACAAAAGGCAAAUAACUGAGGUAUUUGGGGAGGCCCUUUAGUAAGAGAUUGGAUAAUUAAAUCAUACAAAUUUAGGAGUUUGUAUGUAUGCAGUUCUGAAUUACUCGCAAGGCCUUGUAUGUACACCACAAACUAUUUGAUUGUUUUUUCUCCAUGAAUUGCUGGAGAGGACAGUGUGCAUAAUCUUUAACCUUAUUAAUGAUAGCAGAUUUUUUUUUUUUUUUUUUCUUUUUUUUUUACAAGGCAUGAGAAUGACAAGAAUAAUGGAUUUCGUCCUAAUUGUAGGAAAAUGCUAUAUCCUAGAUUUAUAACACCUUGAUUUAACAUAUUUUAAUGUACGAAAUUUUUGACCGAAUAGCAUCCACGAACAGUGAAUUGUUCAUUAUUGUUGUGGGUCACUGGGUAAAUUGAUUUAAUGGACAGUCUGUUAAAUUCAGAAUUGAUCAUUACAGCUGUGGAAAAACAAUCUUAUUAGUCUGUUAACUCAAUGAUUCACUGUACAUCCAGAUGCAGAUGAAAAGGUCAUGAAUGGACCAUAGAUGCUUCAUUGAGAUGUUUCAGCAUGGGUAAUAUCUCCUUUCAGACUUGAUAGCUAAUGUUUCCAUGUGCAUUGUGCCUCCCUCUUCUUUUGCAGGUGAUUUACUCACCCUGUAGACCAGUUCAAAUUAUUCUGUUAGGGGUCAUGGUACCCUAAUUGGUGGACAACAUUAUGAUAUAAGAAAAGAGCUUUACUACGUCCCAGUAGGUCCCUUAACUCUCGAGAAUCACUUAAAAACAGUCCCUGCCAAUCAAAGUUAUGUCUUUGGAAUAUUUCCCAGUGACUACUAAUUCUGAGGCAGAGUAAAUGAUUGUACAGAAAGUGUGAAACAGCUUGUAACACUUAUGUGUUGCUGGGUUAAUAGGACCUACUGUGGAAUAGAAAGCCUUAUAACAUUAAAUGUAAACCAUAAUCAAGGCAGCAGUAACUUACCUGGAUGGUCAUGUAAGGUAAUGGUUGAUCAGAUAAUGUUAAAAUAUAUUUGGACUGCAGUGUUCAAUAAAAAUGUUGCUGUUAACUGUGUGAAGACUAGUGCCAGUUACUAAUGUGAACUCAUGAUGUAUCAACAUUUAAAAUAAAUAUAGUACAAGUAUAUCAUAGGAUUAGCUGUAAAGAAGCUACAAAAUUACUAUAAAAUAGUAUAUUCUUAUAUAUUAAAUAUUGGUUUUAGUAAAUAUAACCAGUAAAUUUCAUACUGCAAGUGUUAUAAGACAAAUGGUGGAAUGUGUAGGGACUCGGUGCUGUAACAGCAUCUUUUAAGCUCUUUAAGGCCUGUGGAUUUAGUUUUGUGUAGGUCUUUUGCAUUUGAUCCAUUCCACACUUUCAUGGGGGGAGGGGACCCUUGAUUCUAGUGAUCUCUCUUAACCAAGGAUUGCUGUAUAGCCCUUGUGGCUUAGCACUUCUUUUUGAUAAUAAUAAUCUUAAACAAGGAAUAUGAGUUACCCUCCCCUUUCUUGGAUUAAACCAGAUUAUCUCUCAUUUCCCUGGUACUGUAAGACCCUUACUAAUUUAGUUCUUCUCCAUGAUUAUAAUAUAAACCAUUCCAGCCACAUAAGUGUAGGGAAGAUGGAGUAAAGUUGACCGAGACUAUUUUCAAGUAAUGGAAUAACGGACAGUGAAAGUAGGGAAUUACUGGCUUGUGAUUCCACGGCACUAAUUAACCUUAAUGGCAUUUAAGUUUUUUUUUUUUUUUCAACAUUGGCCAUCUCCCACUGAGGUAGGGCAACUCCAAAAAAGUAUGAAAGAUAGGCAGAGACAGCCAGCACUUCUUAAAUUCAUGUUUAUGCACUAAAUCCACAGGGGACAUGCAUAGAACAAGCUAACUUUAUUUAAAAUGUUUUGCUCAGCAUGACCCUUACCAAGUUUGUAAUUUGGAAGAUUAUUAUAGACAUGAGGAAAAGGGAUCACUGAACCCACAGAUCAUACAACACCUGGGAUGAUGGAAGGUAUUCAGGCUUAAUUCAAGGAAUUGGAGGACAGGUCCAAUUCCUUAGAAGAAGAGCCUCUUACCAGCAUCAAGGAACCUUCCUUGAGAGGACAACUUGGUCAAGCUCUCACUGAGUAAUAUGUAUUAAUAAAGGCUUCAAAUUAUAAAGGCAGAGUUGCAAAGUGAUAGCAAGGUCUGUUUUAGCAGAAGAGACAUAUGAAAAGACUGUAUUCCAGAAUAAAUACAGCAAAGCAAAAUAAA